AGUUCGCCGUGCGCUUCAUCCCGCGGGAGAACGGCGUCUACUCCAUCGACGUCAAGUUCGACGGCUCCCACAUCCCGGGCAGCCCCUUCAAGGUCCGCGUGGGGGAGCCCGGCCAGGCCGGAGACCCCGGCCUCGUGUCGGCCUACGGCCCCGGCCUGGAGGGCGGCACCACCGGAUCCCCAUACGCGGGGAUGGGGACGCCAGGGACCUUGGGUUUCCUCCUCGCCCUGGGGAGGCCUGCCGCCGCCGCCGCCACCGCCGCCCCCGGCGUCCCCCGGGUCCCCUCCGACGCCACCAAGGUGGUGGCCAAGGGGCUGGGCCUCAACAAGGCCUUCGUGGGCCAGAAGAAUUCCUUCACCGUGGACUGCAGCAAGGCCGGGAACAACAUGCUGCUGGUCGGGGUGCAGGGCCCGCGCGCGCCCUGCGAGGAGAUCGUGGUGAAGCACCUGGGCAACCAGCUCUACAACGUGGGCUACCUGCUGCGCGACCGGGGCGACUACGUCCUCGUGGUCAAGUGGGGCGACCAGCACGUGCCCAACAGCCCCUUCCACGUGUCCGUGCCCUGA